CGCGAGAACGGCAGCAUGGCAUCCGACAGCAACAUGGCUAACCUUAACGGACAGCAGUCCGUCGCCCUGAACGGGGAGCCGGUCGUCAAACGGCCGAGGGAGAGCGUCCAGCCGGACUCGUCGCUUCGCACCCCGAAGGAGCCCCAGAACAAAGUGACCGUGGUGCUCGGAGCUCAGUGGGGCGACGAGGGCAAAGGAAAAGUGGUCGACCUGCUCGCCAUGGAUGCGGACAUUGUUUGCAGGUGUCAGGGAGGAAACAAUGCAGGACACACUGUGGUGGUGGACUCUGUGGAGUACGACUUCCACCUGCUGCCCAGCGGAGUGCUCAACAAGAAGGCCCUCUCCUUCAUCGGUAAUGGAGUUGUGAUCCACCUACCAGGUCUGUUUGAAGAGGCUGAGAAAAACUUGCAUAAAGGAAAAGGGCUACAAGGAUGGGAGCAGAGGUUAAAGAUUUCUGACCGGGCCCACAUCGUGUUCAACUUCCAUCAAGCUGUUGAUGGAAUCCAGGAGCAGCAGAGGCAGCAGCAGGAAGGCAAAAAUUUGGGAACCACUAAGAAAGGUAUCGGUCCUGCCUACUCGUCCAAAGCUGCUCGCAACGGUCUGCGCGUCUGUGACCUCGUCUCCGAUUUCAAGGUUUUCGAGGACAAGUUCCGGGUGUUGGCAGAACAUUUCCUUACGAUGUAUCCAAACCUAAACGUCGACAUCGACGGGGAGCUGCAGCAGCUGAAGUCUAGUUUCUAA